UGGGAGUGUCUAGAGGAGGAUCGUUUUCUAUUUCCGGUAGAAGGAGUGGUGACGCUUUUUGGGGCGAGGAAUGGGAUCUUCCUCAUCCCUUCUUCCUCCUCCAAACGGGAAAGUGACUCUCCAAGGAAAGGAGUUUGGGCAGGACGGACCACCUCUGCGUUGUAACUUUUGAGUAAAUCGGUUCCUAAGGCUGUAAAACGGAAUGGGGAGGAGCCAGUGUUCUAAUCUUCGAUUCACGAUUCUUGUUGAGAGUCUCAUUAUUCUAUCGCCCCCAAACCAUGAAAUCUAAGAUUAUUGCAGUUUCUUAUAAUUCAAUUAUUGCAGGUCACUGUGUUCUCCUACUGAUCUUCCCGCUUCCCUCUUUCUUUGUGCCCUCCAGAAACUCAAGAAAGCCCCACCUGCCUUGAUAAGAGAAAGAGUAUGUCACAUUCAGGGGUUCUCAACCUUGGCAACUUUAAGACUUGUGGACUUCAACUCCCAGAAUUCCUCAGCCAGCAAAGAAUCAGUCUGGAUUUCUCCUGUACUCAAGUUUUAGUAUAAACUGAGUUCAAAAAAGAAACUAUGCAACGAAGGCACAAAGGAUUAAAUACUGGAGUGCUUUUCCUCCUUUCUCAGCUCUACCAAGUUGGGUUUCACAAUAUUCCACCUGUCACACUUGGAACUUUGGCAGUGAACAUUUUCUUUUUUCUACAACCCCUGAAACCUCUGGACAAAGCAUGCAUUAGUGUCAAUUAUUGUCUUUACAAAAAAGAUUGGCAUCGUUUGUAUCUUUCAGCAUUUCACCAUGCAGAUGACUGGCAUCUGUAUUUUAAUAUGGUCUCCUUGCUUUGGAAAGGAAUUAAAUUGGAGAGCAGGCUUGGAUCUAUGUGGUUUGGAUAUAUAAUUGCACUGUUUUCACUACUUGUGGGAGCUGUAUACAUAUUUCUGGAAGCUGUACUGGCGGAACUUCUUGGCAAUCCUUCAUAUGAACAUCAUUGUGCUGUUGGCUUUUCUGGAGUGCUAUUUGCUUUGAAAGUUCUUAAUAACUAUUACCAUCCAGGGGGAUCAACCAAUAUUAUGGGCCUGAAUGUAUCCAAUAAAUACUCUUGUUGGUUGGAACUUCUAGCAAUCCAUUUAUUAAACCCACAGAGUUCUUUUGCAGGACAUCUGGCAGGAAUUCUUGUUGGCCUAAUGUACACCAUGGGACCUCUGAAGAUGUUCAUGACAGCAUGUGCAGGUGGCUAUUCAGAACAAAGAAACAACUACAGAACAGGGAAUUUUAGAUACUCAGGUAAUCCAUCCUAUCCACCAAACAACUACGAUAUGUAUACUGGUGGACUCGCUGAGGAAGAACAGUUUGAAAGAGCAGAAGCAAUACAAGGCAUUACAGUAGCGAAAGGAGGCCAUAUGGCUUCUGGCUUUCACCUGAAGAAUUAUCAGCUGAGGAACUCAGAAGGCAGAGACUUAAUAGGUUUGAGAGGUGGCAGUAGUCUAAAGUAUGGAUAUAAAGGGCUCUUCAUAGCUGUCAAGACAUGGUGGAUAUUGUUCAUUGAAGCCAUUUCUAUUUCACGAAAUAUGUUUCAUGGAGGCUAUCUGAAGCUAUCUGUGAGUGGGAAAGACACCUGCUUGGCACGUGGACUACCAGAUUUAAAACUGAAAUGCAAAAACUUUCUUCAAAAACUAAACAUCUUGAAUAAUUCACCAUACUAUCUAAAAUUCUAUAGCUACCUUAUAUAUAUUAAUUCUUUUCAAUGAAUUGCUUUUGGUAUCUUAAGAAUUUUGUUAUUCUGUAAACUUUACUAACUUGAAUAAAAGUUUUCAGAAUAAAGAUUAGAAUUAAAAAUAGAUUUGGUCAGGUUGUUGAAACACAUGACCCACGAUUACAGCACUUUUAUGAUCUCCAUGCAAAAAUAACUACUGAAAUUGAAGAAUACAAUGAUCUACUGUGGAAAUGCUUUUCUGCAAGUUGCACAUUUAGAAUGUGACAACAUCCUACAAUUUUAGUAUGGAUGAAAAAGUAACUGCAUAACAUGAACAUGUAGCUAUAAUUGUAGCUAGCUAAUUAUUUUUGUAUACAAGAUGUAUUUGUAUUUUUUUAUUAUGUUAAAGAAACCAAAGUUUUCAAACUUUGAAUUCUUCCUUCAGUCUCAUUUGAAGUAGAUUUUGGAAUUCACGUUAAUUUGGGUGCAGCCCAUUAAGCCUUAUUAACUUUUUUUAUAAGAAACAUCAGUAUAACUUACUACAUUUUUAGUUAUUAUGAAUUUGUAAAUAUAAAUUAUUUCGAUAUCCAUCCCAUAUCUUACUUACUUCCCCUGGAAUAUUCCUCAUGGCCUUCCCAAAAUAGAGAAACUAAUAUUUUGUGGAAGAGGGAAAAAAGCAAAUCGGAAGUUCUGCCACAGCUAUAAAAUAUUCCAUGUAAUAUUUAUCAUCACUCGUUUGUGAUUUAACUUGUUCUGAUAAAAAAACUCUCCACACUUCACAUUUCAGUUUAUAUCAAGUAUUUUUUUUUUCUUAAACCAUUGUAACAUUUUCUACUUAGGAUCACUCAGUGCCUUCCCCAAUAAAGUGUAUAUUAAAAAUCA